UGGGGUGAAUCCUACCACCUUUAUACCUGACAGCAGGCAGCAGGCAGGAUGGGAGUGGUCCAUAUAAGAAAUGGGUGGGAAAAAUCAGGAAAGCUGGUAGAGGAGGGUUCCAUUCUAUGUGAGAAAGCAAAAUUCGCCAGCAGGUAACUUGGCAAGAACCAGAAGAUAAAACUGAUCAUCUGACUGGACACCAAAACAAUACUCCAGUUAAAGAUUAUAGACUGAGCAGCCCUCACUGUCACAGAUGGAUAAAAUCCUCUCCACCUGCUGCUGCACCUCCUGGCAGUAGAGGGGCCUCCAACGUCAUUACACUGCUGACAGCAUCUCUUCCUGAUGCAGAGCCAGGUGGAGCUGAGUGGUUACUACGAAGCUGAGAACACCACCCCUUCUUUGGAGGGCUACUUUUGCUUCAACUCAGCCUCAUCUGUGGUUGGCAACCAGGGAGACCCCUUCAGAAAGAUCUUCAUGCCCCUCAUCUAUCUGCUGAUGUUUGUGUUGGGGACUCUGGGCAAUGCUCUGGUCCUGGUCAUUUUAGAGAGGUUCAAGCGGUCUCGCACCACCACAGAAAACUUCCUUUUCCACCUCACACUGGCCAACCUGGCACUGUUGCUCACCUUCCCAUUCAGUGUGGUGGAGAGUUUGGCUGGGUGGGUAUUUGGGAAGUUCCUCUGUAAGAUACUCAGUGCUGUCCACAAAAUCAAUUUCUACUGCAGUAGCAUGCUGCUGGGGUGCAUUGCGGUGGACCGUUACCUGGCCAUCGUCUAUGCAAUCCACACCUACCGCAAACGCAGAGCUCACUCCAUCCACCUCACCUGCAUGGCUGUCUGGCUCUGCUCAUUGCUUCUGACUUUACCUGAUCUCAUCUUCAUGGAAGUCUGGACAGAUGACGGCAACCGCAGCAUUUGCUAUUUUCCAGAGGUUGGGAUUGAUGGAAACAAUGCGUGGCUGGCAACCCGCUUCCUCUACCACACCGUGGGCUUCUUUGUGCCUCUGCUGGUCAUGUGUUACUGCUACACGGCCAUCAUCCGGGCACUGUGUCAGUCCCAGCGCCUGCAGAGGCAAAAAGCUGUUCGUGUGGCCAUCCUGGUCACAGGCAUCUUCCUCCUAUGCUGGAGCCCAUACCACAUCGUCAUCUUCCUGAACACACUUACCAAGCUAGAAGCCUUCACCAAGAACUGCCUCCUGGAAGACCAGCUGGACACAGCCAUCAUGGUGACAGAGGCCAUUGGCUUCACACAUUGCUGCCUCAACCCCAUCCUCUACGCUUUUAUUGGGGUCAAGUUCCGUAACGACUUCUUCCGGAUCCUGCAGGAGCUUGGCUGCAUAAGCCAGGAGACCCUGCAGGAGAUCCUGGAGGUGACAAGGAAGGGUAGUGGGAUAGAGUCUGACAACACCACCUCCAUCUCCACUUUCUAGCUGAGAAGGGCUGCCUGCAGGGCAGAAGUGGCCUGGGUCUUUCCUUCCCAGUGGCACACUUGCUGUGGUCUCAGUUACAAGUUUCACAAGUAUCCCCACAACUUUCUUCACUCCUCAGGAAACAGAUCCAAUAGCCACCAAACACCCACAUCCCAUCAGACACCUUUCUUAGCUCUUCCGGGUUCUCAAACUUUGUAGAGACCUAUCUGGCAGCUGUUGGUGAAUGCUGGAUGUCUGACGGUCACUCUUGUGGAGCUGGAUGACGAUGGUCACUCAAGCGGGUUGAAUCUGAUAUUCCCACCUCUCCCUUGAAAAACGGACUGCAGCCAUCUUGUGCACAAAGCCAGGCACGGGACUCAGGUGCCAGCGUUAAGGAAAAAAGUGCAGCCAAAUAAAUGCAUCAUGUCAGUAAGCAGGUCUCCAUUUCACUAGCUAAGGUUGGUACACACAUGCUUAAGGUAAGCCGUGGGACUCAGUGGCCAUCGCAACUGGACAGAUGCAGGUGGGACUGAUGGAGGCUGCUCAAUCCAAUAGUAUGGGCAUACAGUGCUGGACACUCUUUGACUGCAACAUUGUCCUCCUGCUGCAUAACAUCCCCCCAGCCUGCCACAACACAUUCAUCUUCACAACACAGCUUAUGCCAGGAGGUCCUCCCACAGACUGAAAGAUUUGGCUGUUACAAACUCCUUUCCUGACACCAGUAGCAUUCUUCCCCACUCAUUUGAUCUGUUUUAUUGCUGUUAUGAUCUCAUGUGAGUGGCUGCUGAACUGAAUGCCUGACUGUACAAAAGUUUUCCUUUAAGGAGGAACACCAUCUGAGGAGAUGGCUUCUGUCUUGUGACUGCACACAGGGGAGAGAAACCACACAGCUUUGUAAAGCUGAUGGUAUAACUUUUUUUUUUUUUUUUUUUUUUUUUUUUUUUUUGGCAGCUAGAUGUAUGGCUAUUUAUGGGUUCUGAGAGCAAGGAGACUCACUGUCCCAGAAUAAGGGAAAGUCUACUUUGUUUUGAGCAAGGCUAGAGGAAAUGUGGCAUUUUGCUUUGCACUGUGCUUUCUGUUAAGUUUUCCUCCACCUACACCUGAGUGGUGAUCUUGCCCUGAACUGCAAGUAUGCAGAAACUGCUCAGAUCAGGGCAGCUUGAUUAUAAUUUGGUUCAAAGUAAGAGCAGCAGCUUUCCCCAUCAUUAAUUCUUGCACCAUGAGCUGGUGUGUGGGGAAGCCCCAGCAGACUCAAGACAGCUUGCUGCUGCCUGGGAGGUCUUGUCACAGUUUAACAUGGCAGCAGGCCCAAAACACUGCUCCAUGACAUUUCUGUUCCUGAAGACUGCUGUGGCCUGAACUGUAGGAGAGCCAUACAUACCAAUGUCACAUGAGCACAACCCUUCUCACAAGCACACUUUUAAAAAUCUCCUCUACCCUUCACCUCACAUUUUAAGCAACAUCAAAACAAUGUUAGUUCUCCUGGGGUAGCAGGAAUUUUGUGCUAACCUCACUUCUGAAGUUCAUCCCACUAGCAGACAGCUCAGUCCCAGGUGAACUUCACAGUAGUCAAGGGCCCUGCUAAAAAGACCAGCCAUUAUGGAAAGGGGCACAUUACCUCAGCAGAGAUCUCAACAGCUCGAUCUCAUAUUGUGAUUUGAGGAGAAAAACUCACCUAGUAUAAGGCAGUCCACCAUUUCCUGCAGCACCGUAUCUUCAAAGAUGAAACUUUCAAGUAAUGGUGAUUGUAGUCGUUCAGGCACAUACAUGCAGCAGAGAAGGGCAAGUCUCUUAAGCCUGCACUUGUAUUCUUCAUGGUUGUACCAGUGAGAAAACCCAUUGCAGAUGCAUUGUAAACACCUCCCCAGCAGGUUAUGGUGACAACUCUGUUUCUCAUGAAAAUGUUAUUGAAAGAAAUAAUAGUAAAAGUAUAAAAUUCCUACAGUGGUCACAAAGUAAAAAGAAAAUCUGCACUCAAAUGAAAGUGAACAGACUACACAUGUAUUGUUACUAUAGCUUUUAGCAUUGGUAUGUACUAACCUUUAGGAAGUUUUGAGGUAAGCUGUAAUAAAAGGGUGAAUAAAACACCAUGUUCUAAUGUA